GCACACAUAUACAAAUGAUAAGACCAACAAGGAAUGAGCAUUUGUAAUACAAUAGAAAACUGAAGCACAGUAUGAAUGCAAUGGUUAUGUGUGACCACAAGAUGAGAAUUAGAGCUGUUGACGCGCGAUACGGUGGUGCAUGCCAUGAUUCCCAUGUAUGGAACCUGUCCAGUGAGAGAAGGGCUUUAAAAGCUCGUUUUGAUAAUGGCGAGAGAGGGAUAUGGAGUCUUGGCGACUCAGGAUAUCCAUUGGAACCAUGGAUGUUAACUCCCUAUCGUAAUGCCGCCGAAAAUUCAGCGGGAGGCCGGUUUAAUCACUGCCAUGCCAAAGGACGGUCAAUCAUCGAACGAGUAUUUGGAAUAUUGAAAGGAAGGUUUCGAUGUCCUUUGGCAGCACGCGAGCUGCAUUAUACUCCGCAAAAGGUUUCAGCUAUAAUGAACGUUUGCUGCGCUUUGCACAACAUUUGUCUGCAAUUUAAAGCUGAGCUGCAACCUUCAGAAGAUUUUCCCACAGAAGAUGUACAUUUAUUAGAAACUGUGAAUAUGGUGGAAGCGGACAGCAAGAAGUACAGCAAAUAUUUCUAGGAACUUAAGAGAUGAAAUAAGAAACAGUUUAAUUGCAUAGGUGUAGCAAAAUAUUUUAUUAAUUCAAGUGUGUGUAUACAUAGUAGCUCAAAAUCAAAUCAUAAAGUGAUAUUUUAACAAUAUUCGCAAUGUUUUUAAUUCUGAAAUUUUUUUGUAAAUAUUUUAAAAUAGUAUAGCUGAUUAUCUAAAAAAAAAUCGUAUAAAUCUAAGUUGUAAACUUGUGCCAAAAUUAGGAAAUAUCAACAAAUUUUCAUACAAAUUGCCAACUUUUUUACUAGAAUUUCUUGACAAAAAUUUGGCCUGUUAAACUUAAAUAUAAUGUGGAAGUUCUAAGUCCAUAAAAAAUUCCGUUGAUUUUUGAUAACUUUCUUUG